CUCUCCUUUGAAAAUAUCAAUCAUCCUCUAGUUCUCUAGUUCUCCGUAGAUAUGGCUUAUUAUUGUUCAUUCAAGCCUUCUCUCCUUCUUCUCCUUUUCUUCAUCGCAACCUCUCAGGCGAAAGACGACUCUAUCACCCACCUCCAUUUCUUCCUCCACGAGAACGAUAACAGACCCAACGCCACCGCUAUCACCGUAGUCAACUCCACCACCAGCGACCCCGGCGGCUUCGGCAGCAUCGGGAUCUUCGACGAUGAAAUACGAGAAGGCUCGAGCGUUGACUCGAAGCUCAUUGGACGGGCCCAAGGCAUGGCUCCCGAGGUGUCACUUAGCGAGAUGGCUUGGCUCGUACUGAUCGACUUCGUCUUCACGGACGGAGAGUAUAACGGUAGCUCGCUCAUGGUUGUGGGCCGGGCUACGAUCGGGAGACCCGUCGAGCGCAGCAUCAUCGGCGGCACCGGAAAAUUUCGAAUGGCUAGGGGCUACACCAUUAAUAAAUUGCUAAGUAGUGCUCCGGCAGGACGCUUUAUCGCCGAGUACGAUGCUUAUAUCGUUCAUUAAUUAUGUCUCUGUUUUUUUGUUUCCAAUAAAGUGAAGUGAAGUGUGUUGCUGUGUUUAAUUUGUAAUCUCAAUUUCUCAUGAGCAUGUUUAAUUACUUUAUCA